CGCCGCGCGCCACGCCGCGCCGUGACGGGAUCACAGAGACUGCGGUCGCGACGCGGAUGUCCCACCUGUGAAGCUCCGAUCAUCACGAUCGCGCGGGUUUUAAUGAGGAUCGCUCCGGAAUAAAGAACUCACUCCGGACGAUUGCUGCGAUUGAUGCGGAUGACGAUAAUAAAAAUGCGUAGGGAGGCAAUAAUUUUGCAAUUUCAGAGUGGCAUUGUGAAAACGUAGCGGCUGAAGUGAACUUGUAUAACUUUUAGCAUAAUAUCUGGAAUAUGUGAAUGUGAUUUUACCGAUACCCAUGUGUACCUUGAGAUUUCGUAAUUUGUUUACGGAGAAAAGUUUCUGGCGAAACGUUGUUUUUUUUAUGUGACACGCUUACAAACACAUUGGCAAACAUACAUUGGCGACAACCGCACAGCGGUGCAUGAUAGCGUUUGAACUUGGACCUCUGACGACGAAAGGUGCCGUCACACGAACGGAGUGGCUGCAGGUGGUUUCCUUCACUUCGAGAGAGCUCCUCCAUUUCGGAUCGUGAUUUCGUGUUUUCUAUAAGUGAGCCUUUAAAUUAAAACUCUUGGACGCGUGGCGAUGGGAACGUAAAAGUUGAAAACAAAUUUCUAUGGCGCGACUAGGCGCGAAAAGAGAGAGAGAGAGAGAGAAAAAAAUGGGAAAGUCGCACGAGCCGCAAAUCAAGCGAGCGAUAAGUGGCCAUUCGUGUGGCGCGUACGCGUGCGUCGCGCGUAAUAAAUGCUAAAAAUAGCCGCGCUAUCGCGCCGCGAGCGAGUAUCAAAGCGAUAAACAUCGCCACAGCAACACGCGCAACCGCGCAUUCCACGUCAAAAUUCUACGAUCUUCCUCUUCGACGAUCAUCGUGAGAUAUCGCGAGUGAACGGAAAAAUACACGGUGUGUCCCCAGCGCGCGGAUGCGAUUUGAGAAGACCCAUUGAAGAGAGGAGGGACGCGCUUUCUCAUGACUCCAUUAGGCCAUUCCGAAAUUAACCUUCCAAAUACCCAGAAAAAGAAAUGUAGAAAAAAAACCAGCCCCGCCACACGCAAGGUGCGAUUGCUAUAAUCGCGCGUUUCUGAGAAACUUGGACGGUUUGAAAACUAUAAUGAUUCGAGAACGAGCGGCACUUUAACUUCUUCCAACAUUGAUGCAGAUGGCUAGAGACACGCCGGGCUCUCCGAUGCCGCGACCGCGGGAUUUGGGCGCCGGUGGCGGAGGAGGCGCGGCCGCGGCCACCUUGACUUCCGGCGCUUAUCACGCUGCAGCCGCCGAUACCGCCAACAUGCACGGUCAGCAUGCUGCGUUACAGCAGAAGAUACUCGAGCUACAGCAACAUCAUCAGCUCCAACAGCAGAUUCUCCGGCAACAGUAUCACGCCCAGGAACGACAAUUAGCUGAACUGCACGAACAACAGAUGCAUCAACUAAAGCUCUGGGAGCAGCAAAAGCAGUUGGAGGAACAAAGGCGAGAGAAGGAGAGGCUCGAAGCUCUCAGGAAAAAGGACAAGCAUGAUCACAGCGCGAACGCGUCCACGGAAGUCAAGGAACGCCUUCAUAGUUUUUUGGUGAAUAAGAAGCAAAGAGAGGCAGCUGCUGCGGCGAACGGAGCAGUUCCUGGCACACCCGGAUAUAGAAGCUGGCUACAACCACAGUCGGAAUCAUCGAGCACCACAAAUGCGGCGCAUCCAUAUCAAAUGCCGCAGAUGCUCCAGAAAUUCGGCGAUGAUUUUCCGCUUAGAAAGACAGCCUCGGAGCCGAACUUGCUGAAGGUGCGACUAAAACAACGCGUGGAGAGGAACAUGGCUGCGUCGAGAAACUCACCCCUGAUGGCACGCCGGAAGGACCGCCUGGCGUCGCACCUCAAGCGGAAGUCGUUACUAGCAAAUCCUGGCAGCAAUCCUGAGUCCGGGCCUAACUCUCCUCCGACUGUCAACAAUUCUCAAGCCAGUCCCACUGCUGGAAGCAAUACAGCGAUACAAGAAGAAAGUGAAAAUCCACCGUAUGGAGGACGUCUCACUAGUAGUCAACAGGGCAGCCUUUCGGAUCUUUCACUUUUCAGUUCACCGUCCAUGCCUAACAUCUCGUUGGGCAGACCCCAUGUACCGUCGAGCUCUUCGAGUGGGACGAAAUUGGCGCCGGUCUCAGAGGCGGAAGUGCGAGCCGCAUUCACGGCACGUCUCGGCAUGCCGCUCACCGGUCAGAUGCUGCACGGCACCUUGCCGUUCUAUCCGUCCUUGACGGUUAUUGAAGGCGAGCCGACGUACAUCCACAAGCAGAUGCAGCAGAAUCUACAGGAGCAAGCGACACCGUCAUCCGCAACGGUGAGCGGCAGUAGGCAGCAUCCGGCAGCGGCGGCGGCAGUGUAUCAUACCGCGGCACCGAUCACGGAUACACAAGUGGCGCACGCGAGACUACAAAAGGCUGGUCAUCACCGGCCUUUAGGUAGUAGAACCCAAUCCGCGCCCCUACCGCUAGGUCAUCCAAUGCUGCAGGGCGGCAUGAUAGCGCCGACUACCCAUUACGAGGAGUAUCUCGCGGAGAAGCAGCUGCACGAUCAGCAACAAGCGCACAACUAUCUGAAACAGCAGAUCCGCCAGACUGUUCUGACGCGAGUGGGCUCGCGCGGUCAAGCCAAUCAGCUGGAUGAGGCACCGGAAUCCGAGGAAUCCGAAGUGAUAGAUCUCACGGGUAAGAAGGACCAUCCGGAGGAGAGUGAGAUCUCGAAGCAGCAGAGGGGCCGCGAACAGUUCUUGCAGCAACAGAGGGAUCUCAUGAUGAGACACACAUUGCAGACGAAUGAAUCGACCAUCUAUGCCGGAGGUUUAAGCAGGACCUCUCAGUCAGCUAGGCCACUCUCGAGAGCACUGUCGAGUCCUCUAGUACAUCUAGGUCCUCAGGGCAGCGGUGGCGAUAUUUUUGCACGAGGUUCCUCGCAUCGACCCACUACGGGAUUAGCCUAUGAUCCAUUGAUGUUGAAACAUGCAUGUGUCUGCGGUGAAACAGUCAGAGGCCAUCCUGAGCACGGCGGUCGGUUGCAGAGUGUAUGGGCUAGGCUAUCGGAAACGGGUCUGUUGCAACGUUGCGACCGAAUACGUUCGCGCAAGGCUACACUUGAAGAAAUUCAAACAUGCCAUAGCGAAGCUCAUGCACUUUUAUUUGGAACAAAUCCGUUGAAUCGACAGAAACUGGAUAUGUCCAAGUUGUCGCAGUUGCCUAUCAAGAGUUUUGUCCGACUUCCCUGCGGCGGAGUUGGCGUUGAUUCCGACACAACGUGGAACGAGCUUAAUACUGCACCAGCCGCUCGAAUGGCGGUGGGAUGCGUUGUCGACCUUGCGUUCAAGACAGCAGUGGGCGAUAUUAAGAACGGCUUCGCCGUGGUAAGACCGCCCGGGCAUCACGCAGAGACCAACCAAGCCAUGGGUUUCUGUUUCUUCAAUUCAGUGGCCAUCGCAGCGAGGUUACUUCAGCAGAAACUUGACGUUAGGAAAAUUUUAAUCUUAGAUUGGGACGUUCAUCAUGGAAACGGUACUCAACAGAUGUUUUACGAUGAUCCGCGAGUGCUGUAUCUGUCGAUACACAGACACGAUGACGGUAACUUCUUCCCUGGAACUGGCGGGCCUACUGAGUGCGGCGCUGGCGAGGGACUCGGCUACAAUGUGAACGUGGCGUGGUCCGGUGGCCUGAAUCCGCCUAUGGGCGACGCGGAAUAUCUCGCGGCAUUUCGUACGAUUGUCAUGCCAAUCGCCAAGGAAUUUGAUCCAGACAUUGUGAUCGUAUCGGCCGGCUUCGAUGCGGCUGUGGGUCAUCCGGCGCCGUUGGGCGGUUACAAAGUCAGCCCGGCAUGCUUCGGUAGAAUGACACAACAGUUACUUAAUCUGGCCGAUGGCAAGAUCGUUCUCGCCUUGGAAGGAGGUUACGAUCUAGCGGCGAUCUGCGACUCGGCACAAGAGUGUGUUCGGGCAUUGCUCAGUGACGAACCCAGUCCGCUCAGGGAUGAAGAACUCACGAGAAUACCUUGUCAAAACGCCAUCGAUACGCUGCAGAAGACCAUCGCCAUCCAGGUAAGUCGAUAAUAUUACGUAAUAUAAUUGAACUUCCUUUUAUAUACAGGGUGUUCGAAAAAAAAAACCAUUCAGCAUUUAUAUGGUAGACAGCAGGGAUCCGGACCGUGCCGGAAUCGAAAUCGAAAACCGUUCCGACGUUCCGUAACCCUUUUUUUAGAUGAACCGAAACUAAAUUUUAUAAAGUUUCUAAUACCAAAAUCAAUGAAACGUAAUUGAAUCAAUAAAAUCAUUUUCGGUUUACGGUUUUUUUCGGUUCCUAAUCUAG